UUUCUACUGCCUACUGGGCUGCAACCUGUCGCAUUGAUUACAUGGAGGUUGUUGCACCCUGCACUCUCCUAAUACUAAUACAAAUACAGGGGAGGAGAAAAAAUAAUUGCAAAAGCAGAAUUCUAAGUUUUAUUUUCUGGAAUCAAUGAAUGAAUCUGGCCUCCUUAGAAACUAGAAGCUGCCGAAAAAAAAAAAAGCAGCAGACUAUGAAUCAAUUCACUUGAUCACUUGAUGCAAAAGUAUUACCCGCUAAAAUUAGAAUUGCUCCUUCACUAUGAUCGAGAAGUGGGGGCACAUUACAAAAUCUUGGAUCAAUAUCACAAGUUUAAUUAAUGAAAAAACGAUGCUAAUGCUAUAUCGAAUUUAGGUAACUGGAUUCACGGAUCAACCUGUGCUGCUGUAAUUUAUAAUCUGGAAAGGACAAUUGACCAGCAAUCAAGUUGUACGUGAACGUAGCAACUUUGGAGUUGCCCUGGCUUGAAUUACCGUUUGGAGUCGCUAUAGCUCAGCUCCAGCUUGUUAAUCCAGUUUAGUUCAAAAUAACUCCGACUCGAUAUACACAAGAAUGAUUCGCCGGAGGCUUAGUUGACGUAGAAGGCGAGGCAUGUGUGUUCUUCUAACUGAAUCACCAUCUCUGUCGCAUCAAUUGGACUUCUCUAACCCUACUUCAUCUAUUUUGCUUGGCACGAAGACUAGAAGGAUCAAUUUGCUUUCUCUCGCUCUCCCUCUCUUCUUUUUCGAUUUUCACUGUUUUUGUCAAAUGUUCUUUUCUCAGCUAGCUAGGGUUAUCGAUAGUUAUAAUUUUUUGUUUUUUUGACCCAAAAGGCCAAAAGAAACUAAACAAUAAACCUUCUAAUUUUUCCCCAUCUGGUUUGUUUUUGUUUCCCGAAUACUGUGAAGUGUGAAUGGAAAAAAAAAAAUGAAAAUCUAAUAUCCCGAGUCGUGCCCCACCUCACUCACCAAGGUACUCGUCCGAGUUACUGUGUCAAGCGGUGAGUUUUAAAACUGCCCAACUAACGAGUCUCCAGAAACUUGAAAUGUAAGAAAUCGUUGGAGGUAAAGCAAAAAAGAAAGGAUGACUGGAUGAGAGUUCAUACUCUGGUACAGCAGCAGCAGUAAUCUUCCGGAGAAUGGUUUCCGACGGGCUUCCAUUGGCAUUCUUGCAACUUAAAUCACCUGGAAACUCCAGUUGAUGGUAACCGGCGAGCUUACACCAAACCAGAGAGGCAAAGAAAACAUACCUCACUCUCACUCUCACAUCACUCCUACUUCAGAGACUAACCAAUGAUGCUCUCCACUCAAAUCCUGUUUCACGACGUCGACUAUAAUAUCUGUUCCUUUCAGAUCUAACAUCUAACCUUACCCUUUUUUGUUUCUAAUAUUAUACUCCUUCGUUCCUGUCUUUUUCACAUACAAGCUGACAAGCGCAUCUUCAACCGACAUUUUGAUGACUUGGAGAGCUUCUUCUGUCUUCUUCUUCUUCUUGGUCUUAAGUGUGUGAAACACAGUGAAGUCCAUUUUGUUUUAUGUUUUGUUUCUUUUUGGGGAGUAAGAGACAGAGGAAAAACUUCAGUGGAAGAUAGUUCGGGCUCAGCGGUACAGGUGAAGGAUGAUAUGCAGAAGAAGGGCAGGUCGAAACCCAGGAUUGAACCAUUCGUACCAGGAACUGAUCACAACCCAAAGGAGAUGAAAUCUUGGGUCAAGAGGACCGGGUUCAACACUUACUUCUCCGGAGAAAUGACCAUCAGUGUCAAUGAGAGUGACCCGAAUGAGAAGAAUGAUAAUGCUGGAUUUGAUUUGGAGAAGGGUCUUAAUUGGAGAGGUGGGUAUUCUCUAAAAAAUGAGUUUGAUCCCAUCUCGGGCCGUGCUCGAGGGAACAGGGAAGAUGAGAUUCAACCGGAUUCUGUGUCUGGCAAUGAGUUGCGGAAGAAUGAAAGUAAUGCUGACUCGGUUUUAAAGGAUGCACCGGGAAGAACUGAAAUUCAGAAGAAGAGAAAUGAGGUUGACCCUGUUCUGGGGCCUAAGGAUGACCACGGGAAAGUUGCUUUGAAUGGAAAUGGAAUUUUACAUGUAAACGGUGAGGCGACUCCAGCAGUUCCUCCAGCUGCUGAACCCAAGAAGGAAGAUAAGAAGGCCAAAGGCGAAAUGGAAAUUGAUGUGUAUCCAGAGGCUGAGCAACCUAAUCAUCCAGUGUGGUGUAGACCAUCAGUGAUGAAGUACGGUCUGAGAGACAAUCCUGGUUUUGUCCCCCUUCUUUAUUACAGCCUGCAGCACUAUUUAUCAUUGGCCGGUUCCCUUAUUUUCAUUCCAUUGGUCAUUGUGCCAGCCAUGGGUGGAACUGAUGGGGAUACUGCCACUGUGAUUUCCACAAUGUUGUUGAUAUCUGGUAUUACAACAAUAUUGCACUCCUACUUCGGAACAAGACUCCCUUUAGUUCAAGGGAGCUCAUUUGUAUAUUUGGCCCCAGUUUUAGUUAUCAUGAAUUCUCGAGAGUACCGGAAUCUUGCUGAAAAUAAAUUUAAGGAUAUAAUGAAGGAACUGCAAGGGGCCAUUAUUGUUGGUGCAAUUUUCCAGAGCGUCUUGGGAUGCAGUGGUCUCAUGUCUCUUCUUUUGAGGUUGAUAAACCCGAUUGUUGUUGCACCAACGAUUGCUACAGUAGGUUUAGCAUUUCUCAGCUAUGGUUUUCCUCAGGCCAGUAGUUGUGUGGAAAUAAGCAUUCCACAAAUACUAUUGCUUCUUAUUUUCACCCUGUACCUUCGAGGAGUCUCCUUUUCUGGGCAUCGAAUAUUCCAAGUAUAUGCGGUUCCACUUAGCGUUGCAGUUGUAUGGGCAUAUGCAUUCUUUCUGACAGAUGGUGGAGCAUAUGACUACAAAGGCUGUAAUCCUGACAUACCCAGUUCAAAUAUUCUAUCUGAUGCAUGUAGAGAACAUGCAUUUACCAUGAAGCAUUGUCGAACAGAUGCUUCCAGUGCAUGGAGAACUGCUGCUUGGGUUAGAGUACCCUACCCUUUACAGUGGGGUAUCCCUACGUUUCAUUUGAAGACUUCCAUUAUCAUGAUCAUUGUGUCGAUGAUUGCAUCAGUAGAUUCAGUUGGAACCUAUCACUCUGCAUCUUUACUUGUUAUUUCAAGGCCCCCAACACCAGGUAUUGUCAGCAGAGGAAUAGCAAUGGAAGGUUUCUGCAGUAUUCUGGCUGGACUAUGGGGAACAGGAUCUGGGUCAACAACCUUAACAGAAAAUGUGCACACAAUUGACAUAACAAAGGUGGCAAGUCGAAGGGCUGUGGAACUUGGAGCAUUAUUGUUGAUUCUUUUCUCUUUUUUUGGGAAAGUUGGUGCUCUCCUUGCUUCAAUACCUCAAGCCUUGGCUGUUUCUGUCCUGUGCUUCAUCUGGGCCCUGAUUGUGGCACUGGGUUUAUCAACUUUGCAGUAUGGCCAAACAUCAACCUUUAGAAAUAUAACAAUAGUUGGUCUUUCCUUGUUCUUCUCCUUGUCAAUACCAGCAUAUUUCCAACAAUAUCAACCAGAUUCCAGCUUCAUACUGCCAAGCUACCUCGUCCCUUAUGCAGCAGCAUCAAAUGGACCAGUCCACACUGGCAGUAAAGAAGGAGCAAGAUAUGGGGCUAGAAGAUCCAUACUAGGUGAUGUAGGACAAGAAAGGGAAAGUCCUAUAAAUUUUUGAUGGGAAGAAUGGAAGAUAUUCGCAGGUUUUAGCUAUAUAAAAAUUCAAUCCUCAUAAUAACGUAUCUGGAUAUGUACCAUCAGUUGUACAUCAAAAACAUGAGUACAUAACUGAAGGAGGUUUUUAAUAUUGAACAAAUACCAUGCAAUACUCUAUAUGUGCUCCCCACAAUCCAGAUUAAUCUAAUUUCCUAGCCAACUGUUGGAUCUAUUAAUGUGGAUUGGGGAAGGAAGCUACGACAGCCAUUUCCAAUAUGAAACUUAUGCCAUGCUUUGUGGACCUUUACUCAUUACUGCCUAAAGGGUGACGGAUUAUGAUAUUAGACAUAGGAAUGCCUCCUCUCCACGGAAUGGCAUCUGCCAUGACUCAUGAGGAUGAGUCUUUUCUAGUACCUUUCCCACAUGUAGUGCUCAAGAGGUGCAUCAGCAUGAAUCAAUUUAUUGUGUGGAGAUGCCCCACAUUCCACUCCAUGGGUAUUCGACAGUUUUAGUGAACUUAUUGGUGUAUACACAUAUCUUCUUCUUCUUCUCUAUGGUAGAGAAAUGCUGACUUGCUGCCAUGUGU